CAGCGUUACAAGAAGAAUUGAAAUCAAUACACGCAUUCUCACAAAAAACUUUCACAACAGAACAGUGGCAAGCACAACAAAAAUCAUAAAUUAAUUUUUUAUUUAAAAUAUUUAUAAUUAAUAAAAUGGGAAAAGAAAUAAUAGUCUCAGCGCCAGGAAAAAUCAUUUUACAUGGUGAACAUUCUGUUGUUUAUCAUAAAGUUGCUAUAGCAGCCAGUUUAAAUCGACGUACCACAAUUAAAUUAAAAAUUCAAGACAACGAUGAUCAAUUAAUCAAACUUUUACUACCCGAUGUUAACAUCGAAAAUGUAUUUAAUUUAACACAACUACAAAAAUUAUUCGAAACAAUGCCGUUAAAAUCAACAGAAUUUACAAUUAACACUCCAAAUAUGAUAGACUUUCCAAAAUUUCUAGAACAAAUUACAAAUUACUUAGAAAAUUCGAUACAAACAUAUAAUUCCUUAACAAAUGCCCAACGUAUGGCGUUAAUUGCAUUUUUAUAUUUAUUUAUUGGAAUUCUUCGAAAUUCUACAUUAAAUUCAAUUGAAAUUCUUGUUAUAUCUGAUUUGAAAAUUAGUUCAGGUACAGGAAGUUCUGCAUCAUAUUGUACGGCAUUAGCUGCUGCGUUUUUAGUCUAUAAACAAAAUUUAACAAGUAUUACAGGGGAAGAAUUAAAUAUAAUUAAUGCAUGGGCGACGUUUGGGGAACAAAUCAUGCAUGGAGGAGCAUCCUCGGGAAUUGAUACAGCAAUUUGUACGUAUGGUUCCCUUGUAAAAUUUCGAAAAGGUGAUCCAAUCGAACAAAUUCAUUUACAACAAUCGUUUCGUAUCAUGUUAAUAGAUACACUCAUCCCACGUGACACAAAGAAAAUGGUGCAAAAAUUAUGCGAUUUACGUAAAAAACUUCCAACAGUUGUGGAUCCUAUAUUAAAUUCUAUGGAAGCAAUUGCUUUGGAAGCUUUACAAUGUAUUCAAACUAAUUCAAAUUAUGAUAAUUUACGUGAACUUAUGAAUAUCAAUCAAGCGCUAUUAUGUGCGUUGAAUGUAUCACAUGAAACUUUAGAUGAAAUUUGUAAGAUUGCAAAGAAAUAUAAUUUAGGGGGUAAAUUAACAGGGGCUGGUGGAGGUGGAUAUGCGAUUAUUUUGUUACCACCAACAUUAAAAAAUGAUGUAGAAAUGAAUUUAAUUUGUGAUUUGGAAUCCUUGAAGUUUAAUGUUUUGACUACAUUUAUUGGAGGAUCUGGAGUUCAAAUCGAUAAAAUUAUAAUAAAUUAAAUAAAAUAUUUAAUAAAAAAUAUGAUUU